CCAGAGUUCGAGUCAUUGAGAUGGACUCCCUAAUUCGGUAUUGUUCCGAAGAAAUAGCAUUAGAUGGAAGCUCUGGUUGUGAUAUAGACCGUUUAUGGUCAUUUGCAGAAAACUUUUAUUUCCGCCGGGGAAUCGUGCAAAACUUGGAUGAUGAUUAUAAGGGGUUCAUUUGGCCGGUUCUAUUACAAGAAGAUGGAAUUGAACUUUGGAUUGAGGACGCGAAUUCUGCCAACAAACAUCAAAUAAUAGACUCAAUUCCAUGGAAUUAUCAAGAAAUUAGCCCCUUUUUUCGAACCCAGUUAAGGUUAUUCGCUUCAGUGGAUCGUCAAUGGAUUACUCUUACCUAUAAAACAAAAGCAGAUUCUAAAAUACAACCGUUGGCUUUUGAACUACUUUCCUGUAUUUCGAGAUAUCGCCACGAGGGUAUAGAUCGUAUUCAGUUGUGCAAGGAGACAAGGCAAGAACCUAGAAGCGUGUUUGGCAGAAUACAGGCUCUUGAAGAUGCUUCUUUAAUCUCAAAGGUAUCUAUUAGCCGCUCCAAGGCUCAAACCGCUUUAUUAGUGUUAAAGCGCUUUGAGUCUGAGAAUAGUACAAUGAAUGAAUCUGUUGCACAAGUGUCUGGUGGCCAGGUUUACAAUACUGAUAAAAUCCGGCAUCAGAUUUGCUCUGUAGUUCAAGAGUUUAAAAAUGGCGUUUGUCGCCAUGUAGAUGCACGGACGAAGGUAGGUUUAAAUCAAAAUAAAUGGGAACGAAGGUAUUUUUCCCGUCAGACUAGUUAUUUGCACAACAAUGGCUAUAUUCGAAAAUGCCUUACUUUCCUCCCGAAUUCUCCUGAUCGUUAUAUUCGAUGCUUGCAGUUCCUAAAACAUUAUCCUAUGCCUACUUCUGAGAAUUUUAACCAAGAUAUGGACUUGUCAGAUGCGGACGAUAAUGUAGAAGAAGAAGAUUUGGAAGAUGAAGAAUCCCAGAUUCCAAUAAAAGGAGAGCUUGAUUCUGCUUUCCUUCAACCACUUGAAGACGAAUCACUUAUGGUACCUCAAUGGUCUCGAUUUAAUCCUUUGGAGUUCCAAUGCUAUGUCGCUGUCAGAAAUUCAGGUUUAGACGGAUUAAUAACUUUACGAAUUCUUCAGAAAUUGACUGGAUUGAAAUUUAAUAAACCUCUGUUCAAAGUUCUCGGUUCUCUCGUUGAAAAUAAAUCGUCUGUUCCUGACUACCUUUCUCAUUUAGUUCUUACUAGAAUUGAAGAUAAGACAAACAAAUCUAGACAAUAUCGUUAUUUUACUUUGCAUAACCAAAUUCAACGAUUGCUACGAGAUGGUUUAUCGGCUGACGAAAUUACAAAAAUAGCCCGCAAUGUACAUCCUACUGCUGGCGAGUUUCCUCCGUAUAAUACCUCUCUUUUUAAAGAUGCGAAUACUCUUUCGAAUGAAAACAAUUCUUCCAUUUAUUCACCUGAUGGUAUGACUGUUUUGCCAAAGAAGAGAGGCCGUCCUAAGAAAGGCACGCCGAAAAGUGCUCCUCCCACAUCCUCCCCAAUUAAACAAGAAAACUCUUUAUCUGUCUCAGUCUCCUCUCCAGUUCCUCCAAAUCAACUUGAUUUUUCCAGUUCUCAAGGUACACCUUCAAACCAGCCGUCCCUAAUGGUUAACUCUGAUUCGAAUAAUUUAAAUUCCGAAGCCAGUGUUGACGUGAAUGAUAAUAAUUCCUUACCGUCAAGACCAAGUGAGCUCGAUUCUUUAUUCGAAUUGUCUCUAAAAAGUCAGAGAGAAGAUGCCUUAAGAGAAUCGCUUCCUCCUCCGAAGUCUGAAACAUCUAUACUUGAUGUACCGUAUACUCCUUUUGGAAAUAUUGAUAUGAAUAUAAAUCAAAUUCUACCAAAUUCUUCCGAAAAUUCUAUCUUAGAAGACCCUUCAACGACUGUUUCAAAUCGUCCUCGACAGGUUGUGGAUUUUGUGAUGCUACAAAGGAAGUCACUUAUUAUGGCUUACUUAGAAGAGAAAAAUGGAGCUUUUGAGAUUUCGAAGAAUAUGUAUGAAGAUUUGGCAGAUUUGAAGGUACGACGAGACCCCAAUUCUGUUAGAACUGUUAUGGAUCGCAGAACACUCCGUCAAACCCUUGAUAAAUUACUACAUGAAAAAAAAGUUCGUAAGGUUGUUAUUGCUUUCGAAAAUGGGUUUGGUAAGUUAAUAAGGAAGGACAUCAUUGUCAGAUACAAUAUGAAGUCUGAUGAUCCUAGACUUUAUGAUAUGAAACAUCAAAUGAUGAGAAAUGAAUCCGAAUUUCGCAAUGAUAAAGAUAUACUGAGAGGUGUUGAAAUUGAUAUUCCCGAUAGACCCAGAAGUAAAAGGCGAAAACAAGCAUUGCCGGUGGAAGAAAUAAAGGCCCGAAGAGAAUCUCGAGCUUUUGAAAAGAAUAUAAGAAAACAAAAAGAAAAAGAAGAUCCAAUGGAAUUAGCACAAAAACUUCUUGAAUCGCUGGCACCUACAUUAAGUCAACCUGUUACAACUGAAGAAAGUACAUUGGAAUCGCAGCCACUUAGUAAAGCCUCCAAUAAAGUAAGAAAGGAUCGUUAUGCACCUCUACCAGAACUUGAUUACUACCCCAGUGCUACGCAUUCUAGUAAGCGAUCAGUAAAAAGAUUCAAGAGUGACUUUACCGCCGAAGAAGACGAUACUUUAAUCAGAGCGGUGGUUAUUAUUCAGGUACAGUAUGGUGGAGUUCAUCGUAAUAUAAAGUGGGAGGCUGUUCAAAAAUGUUUUCCAAGCCGUGAUAUUACCUCCUUGAGUCGGAGGUAUAUUUCAAUCCGGCAACAUACGAAAUACAAAAGUCUACAACAAUUUCUCUUGGCUAAUUGGACAAGAAUGUAUCAGGAUGCUGUCACUCGAGGGGAUCUCGAGUCGUAUCCAGAAAACGCUGAUAGUUUUGACCCUAUGCCUUCCGUUAAAGCAUCAUAUCGACCCUACAUAAUAAGCUCUUCGGAUAUAUCUUCUUCAAAUCUUCCAGACAGCUUAGAACAACUGUAUGAAAAAUAUGAUGUUGAAAUGGUGAAAGAUGGGAAAGAUCCCAAAGACUUGUUGUUCGAUACUUCCCUUUCCGCCAUGGCAAGAAUGAAUAUUUAUUCAGAUAUACCGUUCAUUAAGCCCAUUUAUGAGGAUAAUAUAAAUAAUGAAGAAGAAGAAAAGAAAGUUGAUUUAACUACUCUUGAAGCUAAAUCCACUAUCAAGAGUAUUUUAGCUAUUCCCGAUUCAGACUACGAUUCCCGAUUCGCACAAUCGCGAUUACUUAAAUUUCCUGAAGAAGUAUUGCUUUCUGCUCAUAACGAUCUUAUCCGGAAAGAUAUUGUAGCACGUGUGCACUCUGAGUCAAACCGGGUGCAACCAGGAAGAAAUUAUCACUUUACAGAUAAAUUCGCUAACUCACUUAAAUCUCCAUUUCCUCCAUUUCUGUUGCUUCAGGCUCCUAGGUUUUACAAUUUUCUGGCGGAUGGUUUUCGUGAAGGUAAAAGCCAUAUGAUACAAGAAGCUUGCAACAGUGGUACGGUCGCUUGUGUUUUAGAUCUUUUCAGUCGAGGAAAAGUUGAGGCCUCAAUAAUAAACAGUAAGUUCAACGAGUUUGGCCUAGCUGAGGGAUAUCGGACCCGUUUACUGGAACAUGAAAAUAUAAAAAUGGAUUUAAUACUUAGCAAGAAAGCUAAUGAUUCUUUUGAACCUAUUGACUCUUCGUCAUUAAUACCUCCCCCUAGUUAUGAACCUCGGUUAUGGCUCGAUGGUAACAAAGGCACUAUUGACCAAAUCUGGUUGGAAAUAAAACAAGCUAUCAUUUAUCAGUUGCUUAGGAGACCUGGAAUACAGAGAAAGGAACUCGGAAGAAUAUUGAGCCCUGGUUUAGAUGAUAAUGAGUUACGAGAAAUAAUAGAGUACUUUUUAAUAGCUGGCGCCGCCAUUGAGAAGAAUGGUCUUUUCCUAAAUCCAGGAUUUUACCAGAAAUUAAUUUAAGCAUCUGAUACUGCCGUCGAUUGUCUUUUGCAAUAUCGGUAUCUGCAAGGUCUGUCAUUCUAAUUUCUUAAGUGCAUUUAUUCUGUGCGAUGACAAAACCUAAAGAUCGUUAGGCAGUUUGUAUAUUAAAGGGGAAUAUAUUUAUGUGCGGUAUGAUAUAUAUACGAUUUAGAAAAUGAUGUUGGAAUAUAAAAAGAUAGACAUAAUACAAAAUUUGGUCCAAAGAUCUUUACUUUUAAUAAUUGUAGACGAAUAAUAGAAAUUACUCAUAAACUCACUUUAUUUCUACUAGACAUUAAAUUACGGCCGUACCAAGGUGAAAAUAUCAGUUCCUGUCCGAUUGCUACAG